UAUCGUAUUUAUCAGUAGAUAAACUAUUGAUAUGUUAUCUCAAAUUUCAAGUAAAAAGAUUAUUUUUCGAUAUGAUGGAAAAGAGUAGGGGGUAAACGGACAGUAGGCGGCCUUCUAACGUCCGUUUGUGAUUUUAACAUGAUUUUAAUAUUUUAUAUUUAAAAUUAUGCUAUAAAAGAGAGUAAUCAUAAAAUGAUAUCUAUAAAUUGGGGAGAAUUAUUUCCUGGAAGAUGGAGUCCUGUCAUUUUUCUUUCUUACAUGGCUCUUUUUAUCAAUCAAGGAAUUAUUGUAACAUGGUCUCAAACAAAUGGUCAAUAUGAAUAUAAUAUCGUAACAGUGGUAUUGUUAACAGAAGUUUUAAAAUUAAUUGUAUCAGCUAUUUUGUAUUGGAAAGAUAAUAAAAUAUUAUCUCUUUUCCAAGAGAUAGUAAUACAUAAAAAGGUGCUUCUACUGUACUUAAUACCUUCAUUUUUAUACUGCCUGUAUAAUAAUUUGGCAUUUAUCAAUUUGGCUGCAUUUGAUCCAACAACUUACUAUGUUCUAUUACAAUUUCGUGUUGUUAUGACAGGAAUUAUUUUUCAGCUCAUCUUUAAAAAAAAAUUAUCUGUAAAACAGUGGUUGUCUUUAUUAUUGCUGACGCUUGGUUGUAUGAUAAAACAUGUAAAUAUUAGUAUGGAUGCUGACGUUAGUACAAAAUUUGUAUUAAAUAAAAAUAUUUAUCUUAUAUUUAUUCAGACUUUUUGUUCAUGCUUAGCCGGCGUUUAUAAUGAAUAUUUGCUUAAACAAGGAACAGAUAUAAAUAUUUUUGUACAAAAUGUAUUCAUGUAUAUAGAUAGCAUUUUAUGUAAUGUUAUAGUAUUUUUAGUAUUAUUUACAUUUCAAAUCAAUGUUACCAAUAUAUUCAACAAUGUUGGAUCUAGUAUCUUUAUGCAACCCAAAGUAAUAAUAAUUAUGCUAAAUAAUACGGCCAUUGGUAUAAUAACAAGUUUUUUCUUAAAAAACUUAAAUUCUAUAUUAAAGACAUUUGCUAGUGCAUUAGAGUUAGUAUUUACAGCUGUUUUAUGUUGGAUUAUAUUCGAUAUACCUAUUCUUAUAAAUACAGUGAUAUCUAUUGCCAUGGUUAGCAAUGCUGUAAUUUUAUAUUCUCAAAAUCCAGUUCAUAAUGAAAAAUCAACAGAGAUAGAAUCUAAAAGAUUGUUGGUUUAAAGAAUUAUACAAUAGGUAGAAAUAUAAUGAUAAUUACGAAUUAAUUCUUAUAGCAAUACAGUCAAAAAUAAAGAUAUAUAGUAUUAUUACAAUAUUAAAAUAUAAUAUAUUAAUUUCGAGUCAGUAUAAAAUGUUUGUUUUGUUUAUAAUAAAAUAUUUUUAUUUUAUUUAAAAUAUGUUUAUUAUGUUUUAUCGAAUAAUAAUCAAAAAUUACCUAAGAACAUACGAAUGUGAUAUUUAUGUAUUUUUUAUAGUAAUUGUUAUAGUAGUUUUAUUUUCAAAAAUUUAAAUAUAGUAAUAUAUAUAUAUAUAUAUAUAUAUAUAUAUGUUGGUGUAACGUGACAUAUACUUAUAAACAUAUGAAAACAUGUGGUACAAAUUAUGAAACUGCGUAUCUGAUUAAUUACUUAAUUCCCGCUAUCGAUUUAUAUAUAUAUAUAAGAUAUAUUAUGUAAUGAUAGAUUACAUAGAGCGGCGAUAUUGUAAAACCAAACUGAAAUAUGCACAAAUGUGAACAAAAUAAACACAAAUAUUAUAAUUUCAUUAAAAAUAAUGAUAUUAAUCUAAAUAAAUGCGUAUCUUGAUUUAUCUAUACGUAUUAUU